GGGUCCCACACCCCUACAGCACGUAGGAGGAAAGCUGUUCUGCUAACACCAGCAGUUGUCACGGGAGGACAUGGCCAGGAUCUGGAAGAUCUCACCUCACCACUUAUCAAAGUCUCUCUCCACAGCACAGCAGCGUCACUCCCCGGCCCAGGCACCCAGCCCUGAGCCAUGGCACUGCUCACCCACCUUCUGGCCUGUGCCUUCGGCAUGGGCUCCUGGGUGGCCAUCAACGGGCUGUGGGUGGAGGUGCCACUGCUGGUGACGGUGCUGCCAGAGCAGUGGUACCUCCCCUCCUACAUCACCAUCAUCAUCCAGAUGGCCAACGUGGGACCACUCUUUGUCACCCUCAUGAAUCGCUUUCGGCCUGGCUUGCUGAAGGAGGUGGCUGUUAUCUAUGCCAUCGUGUCCGUGGGUGUCAUGGCCUGCUUGCUCCUGGCUUUCCUCUGGAACCACACAUCCCUCAUUGCUGGGACAUCUCACAGCAUCGCCUUCCUAAUCCUUACUUUCUUCCUGGCCCUGGUGGACUGCACCUCCUCUGUCACCUUCCUGCCCUUCAUGAUGCAGCUGCAGCCCCAGUACACGAACACCUUCUUCAUAGGUGAAGGGCUCAGUGGUCUGAUCCCUGCUCUCAUUGCCCUGGGCCAGGGCUCUGGUGUCUCCAGCUGCACCAAUGUCAGCUACGAGGUCAACAUCACCACUGGCAACGAGACUGUGGAGGGCACCAUCUUUCAGCUGGAGACCCAAUACCUCCCACCCAACUUCUCCACCCUCAUCUUUUUCCUGCUUAUGACUGCAAUGAUGCUGACCUGCUUGCUGGCCUUCUUCUUCCUCACCCGACAGCCCAAGGUGUGGGAGCUCUCUCAGCAGCACCUCUUUCCCAGCAACAUUGUGCUGAACUCAUUUGACCGGAUCCUUGAUGAGGGAGCUGACUCGCAGCUGAGCAGAGGCUGCUCAUGCCCAAAGGAUCCCAAGGUACCUGGGGACAUCCUGCCACAGAAGGUCUCCUACUCCUUUGCCCAGCUCACCCUCAUCUACCUCCUCGUCACCUGGGUGAGUGCCUUGACCAACGGGGCCCUGCCAUCUGUGCAGUCCUACUCCUGCCUGCCCUACGGACACACCACCUACCACCUGGCAACCACACUUAGCUCCAUGGCCAACCCCCUCGCCUGCAUCGUGGCCAUGUUCCUGCCCAGCAGAUCCCUGACCCUGAUGGUCAUCCUCACCGUGGCAGGGACAGGCUUUGGUGCCUACAACAUGGCCAUUGCAGUGAUGAGUCCCUGCCCACUCCUCCAGCAGUCCCAAUGGGGCGAUGUCAUCAUUGUCCUCUCCUGGGUGCUGUUCACCGGGACACUCUCCUACAUGAAGGUGAUGGCCGGGGUGAUCCUGCGGAGCUGCAGCCACAGUGCACUGGUGUGGUACGGGGCACUAGAGCAGCUGGGCUCCCUCCUCGGGGCACUGCUCAUGUUCCCCCUUGUCAACGUCUACAGCCUUUUCAAAUCUGCUGACUACUGCAGCCUGCAGUGCCCAGCAUGAACUCCCAAAAAUCAGGAGGGCUGGCUGGCUGGGAAG